CAGAAAAUUUUAGAUCCAUAGUUCAUUGUUGUAAAAUCAAAAGGAUUUAGGGGCAAAUGCCAUUGAUUCUGUGCAGCACCCACCAACCUGGAAGAAAAAUACCUACCCAUUUAUCAUCUGUUUCCUCUUGCCUUCCUCAGUUCCUAAAAGUAAAAUCCCAAGAUCCAACAUAUGCCACUCAUAUUCAAAACUUUAUAUACAUGUCUCGGACCAUCUUUCCACAAAACUUCAUAUCCUUUUAAGCUCUCUCAACGCCACCCAAAUCCCCUUCGUAGGCAAUCACAAAUAUAGAGCUAAGAAACCAUGGUUUUCACUUCUCAAAAUGAGCUUCCGUUUAAUGAGAAUGACUCACAAGACAUGGUAAUUUACCAAAUGAUAAACGAGGGCGCCACUGCCCCCAAUAAUUCAAACAUGCCACCAAGAAGCCAAAUUAAUUCAUCACACAUGUUUCCACCGGCCAAGGUCAUAGCCAAGAAGCAUUACAGGGGUGUGAGACGGCGGCCGUGGGGCAAAUACGCUGCUGAAAUUCGCGACUCGGCACGACAUGGUGCCCGUGUAUGGCUAGGGACGUUCGAGACAGCUGAAGAGGCUGCCUUGGCUUAUGAUAGAGCUGCUUUCAGAAUGCGUGGUGCUAAGGCACUCCUCAAUUUCCCGGCUGAAGUUGUAGCAGCUACGAGUGCAGGGUUCAAGCCUAAUUUGAACUUGUCAACAACAUUAAGUAGAAAUAACUUUGAAUCAAGUGGCAGCAGCUCUAGCUCAGUAUCUGUAAGUACAUCACAAUCGGAAACAGAGAGCAGUACAACUGGGAUCGGAUUACUUGGAUAAGUUGCUUAGAGUUCGUUGAUUUGUUUGGGAUUGGCUGUUAUUGCCUACACAUGCAACAUUAAAAUCCCAUGUUGUAUUUCCAAAUGUGCCUGAAUCUUUAAUUUGCUGGUCUUUGUUACUUUUGCUUAA